GUGUUACAUACACAGUAACCCAGCUUUGAGGCUCUGCAUGCAUCGUUACGGGAGUUAAAAUCGCACACGGCUCCCAAAAAGAGAACUAUUGAAGUGACUGGUAUUGCUCGUGAGGUGUUUGUGGAGUUCGGACGGAAAACGGACUUGUUUUCUUUUUAAUUUAAGCUGACUGUGAGAGGGAGACGUCAUGUGUCCCAUACCGAAGACCAAGUUGUCGCUGAAAAUGGAAAAUGUCACGCUUAAUACGAACAUUAUUCACCGGCUGGCUGUUGGUGUGUCAAUAAAUGCUUAAUUCCUUGUUGGUACUACACACUGAGGGUCCGUCGACACUGCUACGGUGAACAACAACAACAACAACAACAACAACAACAACCCGUAUUUGCCUUCUUCCGACUCAGGACAGAGUUACGCUGUUUUGGUGACAUAACGCGUUCGGCCAUGGACCUGCUCGAGUGUCCGCUCUGCCUCUUCCUGAUGUGCGAGCCAGUGACCAUGUCCUGCGGUCACUCUUUCUGCCGGAGGUGCGUGGACGGCUGCCACCUCCCGUCCAAAUGCCCGGCGUGUAAAGUCAGGCUGAAACAAAGGGAGGUGAAAGCCUCGAAAAACAACGUCUUGCUCAUCGGCGUGGUGGAGAAGUGCUGCCCCGAGGAGACCGGCGCGAGGAGCCUCAUCCUGGAGAAGCUGAGAACCAGCGAGUUCAGCGAGGCGCUGCACGUCGUCAAUGAGCGGCUGCACGCAGUCCCAGAUGACCAGAGUCUGACGCUGUACAGAGCAGAAGCAAACUGCGGCCUGCUGCAUUUCUCUGAUGCUCUGACGGACCUCGACUACCUGUGCUGCCUUCGUCCCAACUGGACUGAGGGUUUCUAUCGUAAAGGGAAUGUUCUUCUGGAAAUGGGUCAACAGACAGAAGCCCUCAUCCAGUUCCACCAUUGCCUCAAACUUCAAGCUGACUUCGUUCCUGCAAAGAGCCAGAUCAAGAAGAUCCUGGAGGCAGAGGGCAUGGCAGUGCCGGAGGAGGUGUCCUGCAUCCUGCAGGUUGUGUCUGAGUACUUGAAAGAGCCCUGCCCCAUCACCAGCCUCAGUGGAUCACAGGGGCUCACACACUUUGAGGGCCUCAAACACCCAGUGAGAGAGGAGGGAGAGAGCAGAGAGAGGAGAGAGACACACCAGGUGAAACAUGACGCAGGUACCGAGUGCUGCCUUAGCCUCUGCCAAGCUGUUUCCUUCCUCCCAGUGGCAGAGGAGGAUGAGGAGAUGAUGAUGAGGAAAGAAGAUGGACACGGCAGACGUGAAAGUAAUCACCACAGAGAGAAAACACUGGCUGUUCUCACUGUGUCAGACUUUGAGUGCCCUCUCUGCAUUAGGUUGUUUUACGAGCCAGUCACAACUCCCUGUGGUCACACAUUUUGUAAAAACUGCAUCGAGAGGAGUCUGGACCACAAUCUCCGCUGUCCACUCUGCAAACAGCCACUGCAAGAGUAUCUAAAAAAUAGGAAAUACAGCCCCACAGUUCUGCUUCAGGACAUCAUGUCCUGCCUUUUCCCCUCACAGCUGGCUGAGAGGAAACAGGUGCACGAGGCUGAAAUGGCUGAACUGUCCAAUCUUAAUAAGGACAUCCCCAUAUUUGUUUGCACGGUUGCUUACCCUGGUAUCCCCUGCCCCCUGCACAUCUUUGAGCCUCGAUAUCGGCUGAUGAUGCGUCGCUGCAUGGAGACCGGCACCAAGAAAUUUGGCAUGUGCAGUUAUGAGCCUGGCAAAGGGUUUGCAGACUAUGGCUGUAUUCUGGAGAUUCACACACUUGAGCUGCUGCCUGACGGGCGGUCAUUUGUGGACACUGUGGGAGGCAGCAGAUUCCGGGUGCUAAAGAGAGGUCAGAGAGAUGGCUACCACACGGCUGAUAUAGAAUACCUCGAGGACAUCAAGGUCGAUGGUAGCGACUUAGAGGACUUGCAGUGUCUCCAUGACAGCGUGUAUCAGCAGGCUCAGGACUGGUACCAGCGCCUGAGCAGCCGCAUUCGAGAGCAGAUCAACAAGCAGUAUGGCACCAUGCCAGAUAAGGAGGACAACAUUCAGGCCUCGUCCAAUGGUCCAGCCUGGUGCUGGUGGCUGCUGUCUGUCCUCCAGCUGGACCCUGCAUAUCAGACCACCGUCCUAUCCCUGAACUCACUCAAAGACCGUUUAGGACACCUCCGCCUCGUUCUUGAGUAUUUCUCUCAGAGCUAGAUCCCACAGCUCAGAGGGAUCGUGGUACCACAGCCAGCUGGGACUCUAAAUGUUUUGUGCACACAGAUAAAUGGAUUCAAACUAAUCAACGCACUGGUGCCAAAAAGGUUUUUAUUUUGGUUUUUUUAAUUACUCUGAAUCAUAGAGGGACUGUUUUUAAAGCGUUAGGCCAAAUCACCUUUGUCAAAAGGUGGAAGGUUGUGAUUUGCUUACAACAGUGCAGCUGUACAGGGUGUUGUUGUUUUUUUUUCCUGUAUGAGUUUACAUACGUUUAACAUUUUCUUCCCUGUGAAUUUUGAGUAUUCAGAAAAAGAUUCUGGAUACAGAAUUGCUGUACUGUAAAAACUGCAGGGAUGACCAAAGAUGCUUAUUAUUUAUGGUCAUGAAAAGUAAAGUGGUGAAUUAUUAUUAUUGUUAUUAUUAUUAUUGUUAUUAUUAUUAUUGUUGUU